AUUCAUAUAUCUUUGUCCGGCCAAAUCAUUGGUUCAAAACGCAGCUGACCCAAAACCCAUCCACCACGUACUGCGUCAUGAAUUCUUCAGGCUCGUGAUUCUUCAGGUCUAGCUAAGUGUUGUGCUUGGGUCACCGUGAUUUACCUCCUCUCACAUUCCCGUCGGGUCGGGGGUGAGGGGCGCCCGGGGUGAGCGAUUUCACCUUUGGAGAAUGAAUUCUUCAGGCUCUGAUUACCAAAAAUUCGCACCAUCCCCAGUGCAAGCACCCUCUUACUACGGUGAGAAGGCGACGACCGGCUACCCGGUUGACUCCUCCUCGUCGGCGUCCCAAUUCUACAGUUCCGACGGCUCUCAUAUUGCGCCUAAGGCGGCGGGCCGCCUUCCCUGGUCGACCGGCCUCUUUGGCUGUUUCUCAGAUCCCAGUAACUGUUGCCUGACUUUCUGGUGUCCAUGUGUCACGUUCGGACGAAUUGCGGAGAUUGUGGAUAAGGGCUCUAGUUCUUGUGGAGUGAAUGGGGCGCUUUACACACUAAUGGCAUGCGUGACGGGGUGUCCGUGCUUGUAUAGUUGCUUCUUCAGGAAGAAGAUGCGGGAGCAGUACAUGUUGAGGGAUAGCCCCUGCGGGGAUUGUUUGCUCCAUUGCUUCUGCGAGUCGUGCGCGCUCUGCCAGGAACACCGUGAGCUCAAAAUCCGUGGUUUUGACAUGUCCAUUGGGUGGCAUGGAAACGUGGAAAAACAAAACAAUGGAAUUGUCAUGGCUCCGAUCCCCCAAGGAGGGAUGAGCAGAUAGCUUGUACAAAGAGGCUAACAAGUGCCGCAAUAUAUACUGUACAACCCGUUGUACGGUAUUUCCUAUACAUCCUCUGUGAAAGCUCAUUUAUGAGUAAGUAAAUGUUCAUUUUCAAGCAAGUGAAUAUUCAUUUUUGAGUAGCUGAGUACUCAUUUCUCUAAAAUUUAGUUAUGCCCAAAAUAGAGCAUUCAAUUACUCAAAAUUCAAUGUUCUCUUAUUCGAAAAUGAGUACUUAGUUAAUAGACAAUGAGUAUUGAUGCUGAUGUAGGGGAAAUACCGUACAUUCAGAUUUAUGAUAUAUGUGAGCUCUCUUUAAAAAAUGUUUUAAAACUGUUAAAAUGUUGUUUUAAAGAAAUGCCUUUUUUACAUUCAAAUUUGUGUAAGCGUGCUUGGAGUAUCGGUCUUUGACCCAUUACUUCUAUAUGUAUCUUGAUUGACUUUAUAAUUUAAUUCCAUUAGCAUUCCCUGGAUUCUUGUAUUCCGUCAUUUCCGUGUAUCUGUCCAUUAAAAUUAAUUCAUGAUU